GAGACGCGCAGACACAGCCAACUCUUGUCUAGUACAGUACACCAGUCUACAAGUCAAGCGCUCACUGUCUCCUGAUCCAACACCACGCACUUCGCUCUCACCGCCCGAUGGAGGCCGAGGUCGGCCUGAUGAACCGCCAGAUCAUGGAUGUGGUCGACCACAACUGCAACAGCAUGCCCGCCGAGCUGGAGGUGAAGAAGCUCCAGGCGCUGGUCCGGAGUCUGGAGCUUCAGAAUCAGCAGCUGAGGAGCCGGCAGAACCGCACUCUGUCCCCGGUCCCCGCGUCCAGCAAACUCGAACACAGGGAGAACAACAACCAUAACAUCAACAACAAGAACACCCCCUCGGGUGUGCUGGCGUAUUUCCAAGCGUAUUUCUCCGAAAAGCAGGCCGGAGGUGGGGAGACCACCACGGUGAUGGACGACGUGGAGGAGCUGGACCUGGAGGCCAUGUUCUCCUCCAGAGAUUCGGACGACGAGACCUGGCUGUACGUGUCAUCCCGGGCAGCCAUGUGUGCGGACAGCCCCCCCCUCUCUCCGCUGACGUGGUGCAGGAAGGUUCUGGACAGUCCCCGGUCUGAGGGGCCCACGAGGACCCCGUCCCUGAACCUGCAACGAGUCUCCAGGUGGCGCCCCUCCCCCUCCCCCUGCAGCCUGGCCUCCCCCCUGCUCCUGUCCCCGCGGGGGUCCCUGAGCCCUCUGUUGAAGGAGCCCCUCCCCCCCGCCGAGAGGAGCCCCACCUUCCUCUCUCACCUGGCCCGCCGCGGCUGGAACUCGGCGAGUUUCGACGACGACGAGAGGGACAUCGUCGCCACGAGUUACAAGCUCAAUGACCUCACAGAUGUACAGGUCAUGGCCCGGCUGCAGGAGGAGAGUCUGCGUCAGGACUACGCCAGCACGGCCCCUCGUCGGGAGCGGGGGCCCAGCCUCUCGCGCCGGACCCCCCGUCCCACGGAGGAGGACUGCGGCCCCCCUACCCCUCCGCAGCUCGCUCCCUCCAGCCUCCCCCGGCCACACACGUUCUCCAGCGCACGGGACUGGCACCGCAGCAGCGUGUCGCUGUACACACCCCCGGCUACACCCCCAACCUCCCCCGUCCAAACGUACGCUUCCAGGGCCUUCUUCGCCUCCCCGCCUCCACGGGCGGGCACCGCCGGCCCCAGCGCUGCCCAGCCGCAGGCCCCCAGACCCGGAUCAGUAGACAAGCUGCGGCGGAGCAUGCCCAACCUGGUGCGGGCUCCCAGCAUGCCGAGCGUGCACAUCUCGGCCAAUCAGGCGGCGCCCCUCUCCCUGCUGCGUAACAGCCUGAGCUUUGAUUCGUCGCCGGCUCAGUUUCACUCCUCCAUCCAGCUGCAGAGCCGCGUCCACAGCGUGGGAAGCUUCUCCACGCCGUCGCCGACGCAACCGACAAAGGCCACCGCCUACGUCAGCCCCAUCAUCAAGGGCUCGGUUUCUGUGCCGACAGGCAUCCCGUCGCUCGGCAACAAGACCCCCACCCAGCCCCCCACGCCGCGUAGCAGCGGCCUGCCACGCCCGGCCUCAAGCUCCGCCCCCCGGAUCUCCCAGUUGCCACGCAGUUUGUUGACGCCCCCCAAGACUAUGACCCAGCUGACCCCCCUGCGGCACGCCAGCUGGAACGACGGCUGCUACUGACCCAACAGG